AUGUCGCUCUGUAAGACGCGUUUACAAGAAGAAAGAAAACAGUGGAGAAAAGAUCACCCCUUCGGCUUCUUUGCCAAACCAUGUAAGGCUCCAGAUGGGUCUUUAGACUUGACUCAAUGGACAGCUGGAAUUCCAGGAAAAGCUGGCACCUUGUGGGAAGACGCAGUUUAUCCGAUUACUAUCAGUUUUCCCGAGGAGUAUCCGUCAAAGCCUCCCAAGGUAAAGUUUCCAGCCAACUUCUACCAUCCCAAUGUGUAUCCAAGUGGGACCAUCUGCUUGUCGAUUUUGAAUGAAGAACAGGACUGGAGACCUGCCAUCACGUUGAAACAGAUUGUAUUGGGAAUACAAGAGCUUUUGGAUACGCCUAAUCCUGAUUCUCCUGCUCAGGAACCAGCUUGGAAGGCUUUCAGUAAGGAUAGGACCAUGUAUGAUAAAAAGGUCAAGGAGCAAGCCAAAAGGUAUGUGAAUGCCGGAUGAAGAAGAAGAAGAAGAAGAAGACGAAAAUAGAUGACGACCCCAGAAGCUAAAGAUUCUAGUAUUCGUACUUAGAAAAUGUUAGGAAUCUUAAUGGCGAUUGGGUUUUGUCAAAUAUGAAAUUGGGAUAUCAAUACUAGGUAAAUGUGAAAAAUGAGUUGUUCAUUUUCUAAGGAAUUCUAUCAAUAAAUUGUCGUCUUAAAUGAUAAUAUGGAUUUUCUUUUCAUCAUUAUCUUGACAUCCCAGUUAUCGCUGAUCUUCGCUUUACCUCUAGUUCUUCUAUUGUACUAUAUAUGUUCCCAAAUUGCAUUAUUCUCUAUUAUAAUACACGAAUAACGAUAUAUUC